AUGCCUUUAACAACGCCGGUUUUGACGGUGGAUGCGGAUAAUAUCCACAAGGUGGAUACCGCGAAUGCGCAGAGCCUGCAUGGCAUGUGGAUGGUGUUUUCCAAAUGUGCCGACUACAUGGACCAGGGACGCCGAUUGGAAAACCUCAGCUGGCGUCUGUGGACCCGCGAGACAUUCUGCGUCGAGCCUGAAAAGUCCAGUGACACCUCCGUCUUGCCCCUAUUGCGCUCCGAAGCCGGGGACCUCCCGGAGCUCUCCGCCAGCGUUGAGUCGGCGGCGUCCGACCAGGCCGAUCGCAUUGAAGCUCACAUUAAGCGCCCUAAAUGCCCGGACUACCGCCCUGCGGUGGUCCGUGAGGACUCGAUGGCCAGUCUCGGCCGAGGCAAGGAGAAGCACAUUACCUCGUUGGAUCUGGAACGCAUGGUUCUUAACAUCAAGGAAAAGAAGACUCUGGAGCCGCUGACUCCUAUGGUCGAGCCCGCUGCACCGGUGGUCGACAUCACGCCGCGCCCAUCAACCCCUACUCCCACUCCUCCCUCCGUCUCUACUGCUCGUCAGGUCCCUACAUAUCCGCGACCGGUGCCGCAGCCUCACGAGUCGACUGAGUCGUGCUCGACCACCGCCCCUGAGGGUAACGAGAGCGACACGGCCCAGCUUAAUGGCUCUGAUACCAGCGUCUCCUCUUCUGGCGUUCUUCCGUGCCGACCGGGGUUGGUCAAGUCCCCCAGCGUCUCCCGCCCGUGCUACGACGCAACUGAAACCAUCGCCUCUAAAGAAGAAGGGGGGAUGUUUACAUUGGGCGGAUCCUCUGGGGAUGACGACGAGAGCUCAUUCGAGGAUCGCAUGGCUCCACAAGUUUCCCAGGACAAUCGAGCCGACAGGCCAUUGACCAAGCCCGUGACCAGCCACCCAAGCCCUGCCAAGAAGGUCGCCUCCUUCAGUGACCAAGUCGUGUCGCGCACGAUCCGACCGCCCAAGGGCCCGAGUCGCGCGGACGAGGACGCCAUCGAAACCGACGACGAGGUCUCGGAGAGCGCCAUCGACGACGACGAGGAUUCCGAUUGGGAAGACUCGGUGACGGAAAGCGGUCGAUCCAGCGUCGACGAGCGUGGGGGAAAUGUUCCAGCGGGUGGAUUCCCGGCCCAAUCUGGCAAUGCGUUCCGGUCCAGUCCCGCGCUGCAACGAUCGCGUCUGACAUCACCCAACGGCCCAUCCAUUCCUGCCUCCCCGCCGGAGAACGACGACGAAAACCUGACCAUGCGCGGUCCCGACGUUCCUCGAUCGAAGCCUAUUAUUAUGAAGUCGCCACCACCCCAAUCGGUUGCCCACUCGCCGCGCACGACCCGACGCAACAUGCUUGCGACCGAAUUGACCGAGUCCUUGCGCCGACAUCUUCUUUGGGAGCGCCAACAGAAGAGCGCGACCGCCAACGCUUUCCUGAAGCGACGACACACCGCCCACGACAUGAAAAACCUUCAGGAGUACCCGGAACCCAAGGGACCGCACCGGGGCAUUGGCAGCCACUCUGGCGCCGGCCCUGAUGUGGAUGCCGAUGGUCAGCCCAAGGACAAGGAUUUCUCCAAGAAUGGGUCAUGGACCAACUACACCACUGAUUACGGUCCGUGGGAGUACCAUGUCAAGGGAUGGUGA